AUGGCCUCUGCCCAGAAGCCCCCUGGUAACAGGCUGUUCCUCAUCUUCCACAGGGAGAAGAAGUGGGUGACUGUCGGUGACACGUCCCUGCGAAUCUACAAGUGGGUCCCUGUGACGGAGCCAAAGGUUGAUGAUAAAAACAAGAACAAGAAAAAAGGCAAAGAUGAGAAAUGUGGCUCGGAGGUGACUACCCCAGAGAACAGCUCCUCGCCAGGGAUGAUGGACAUGCAUGACGAUAACAGCAACCAGAGCUCCAUAGCAGAUGCCUCCCCCAUCAAACAGGAAAACAGCAGCAACUCAAGCCCCGCUCCAGAGCCCAGCUCGGCUGUGCCUGGCGACGGCACCGAGGCCAAGGCGGAUGAGGCCCAGGCCGAUGGGAAGGAGCAUCCUGGAGCUGAAGACGCUUCUGACGAGCAGAACUCACAGUCUUCGAUGGAACACUCAAUGAACAGUUCAGAGAAGGUAGAGCGGCAGCCGUCUGGAGACGUGGGUCUGGCCACAGAGACGUCGGCGAUCUCUCAGGUACCUCGAUCGAGGUCUCAGAGGGGCAGCCAGAUCGGCCGAGAGCCCAUUGGGUUGUCGGGGGAUUUGGAAGGAGUGCCACCCUCUAAAAAGAUGAAACUGGAGGCCUCUCAACAAAACUCCGAAGAGAUGUAGACAGUAAGUGAAACCCUCCGAUCCAUGUCUCAUGGAAGGUACAUCAGCAAUUAAUUCUAGAACAACUUUGCCCGAGCGAUUCCUCUCGGGUGCGAGCAGAACUACUAACGUUUCAAGUUUACCAAGUGCAAAUCCAAGAACACCUAGAACUGCGUAACUUCUCAGACACUGAAGAACUCUCUGCUGUGAAGCAAAACACUCGGACCUUUGAGUGUGUGUCCGUGGGGAGGCGGGGUCCACAGCUCAGGAGUGUCUGCACACUGUCUCGGAAGCCAAGCUCACAUUUGUGUUGCUGCUGUAUUUUUUUUUCCACUUCUCUAUUUAACGAUAUAAGCUACUUGAGGGUGGUACCGAUCAGGAAUCUGCUUUUCAUCGGGGCUUCUCACUGUUCAACCGAUUCCUUCUGCUUUCUUUUUGUGUGCCUUGUGCCCUUGAGGUGACCUCUGGCAUGUCUCCUGGUUGUUUUGCAUCUCCCUGUGCAAAGUGCCCUCUUGGUUUUGCUCGGGCGGUGACGGCCACCUCGCUCACCGCUGUCUUCCCUGCCCGAGGACUUCAUUGGAGCAGACAGGGUGGAGCGGGGCAUGCCUUGGCUCACCUGAUUUCUAGGUGCAGGGGCCCUGGGUGGGGUCAGCACCAGCCUCUGGGGCCCGAGGAAUUGCAGGUGUCAGCCCCCAGCGCUUGGCCGUUUUGGCCCAGGCAGGGCACUUGCUAUGCCCUCCGUUCCUCGGGGCGUUGAAGGCUUGGUGUUUCUAAGCCCACAGCAACCUGGAGGGACAUGUAAAGCCCUGGGAUUUUUCUGGCACGUCCACUCAACUGCCCCCACCACCUCCACCGCCGCUUUCUCCUAGACCUCCGAAGACAAAGAUGGCUUCUCUAGCUGCCUGCCAGACUGUCUCCUUAAGACACCAACAGGGCUGGGGAGGCUGGGAGCAGGCGGCAGGCAUAGCUGGUGCUGAACUUUCUCUCACAGGACGUUGCUUGGAUUUCAAAUCCACGGUAAACUGCUGCCCUCUGCCUCCCUGCAAUCACCGCGUCCCGGCCUGUGCCCUAGAGAGGCAAGAUUGCAGCCGGUCUAAACCCACCUGCUUUUGCAUCAUGUUCUGACUCUCAGAGCGAACAGCUGAAUCGUGUCUCAUUCCUAAAACGUGUGCCAUCGAUCCCCACCCGGGAGUGGGCCUUGAUGGCUGGGCCUUGAAGGCCAGGAACAAGGCGCCAAGGAAUUGGAAAGAUUUGCACACCCUCCAGAAAGGAGCGACGCAACCUCCCCUCCAGCCCGCACCUGCACCAUCUCACUGAACGGAGAUGCCCCUUGGACGAACUGCCUAAUCGUUUGGUUCUGAGGUCUGGUUUGCUCUUAAUUAAUAUACAGACUCCUCAGACCUUAAACCUUUUCCUAAGCUUUCUUUACUGCACUGGAGUUCUGACUCCCUUUGAGUUGUAUGUUAUUGGGGGGGAGGGUUGGUGGGUUUUAUUGGGGUUUUUUUUGGCUAAUUGGUGCAUAUUCAGGUACCCCCUUUGAUGUGUGGAUCUUUCUCCUGACCACCAUGGGAAGUGUCUGCCAGAUUCCAUUUUCUAAGAGUUUCUGAGGGUGAGGCUCUUGUUUUUUUUUUUUUUAAGGGAGCCUAUUUCCUGCACUUCAAGAAGAAUCAAAAUGUUCCUGAAUUUCAAAUACCUCAUGCAAAAUGUCUCCUGAAAUAAGGGAAAAAAAAAAAAAACUUUGAAAAUCUUAAUGUUGAAGUUAGCAAUGCCGGAAGGUUUCUGUCUUAAAAAAAAAAACAAAAUCCUUGUACUUCUCAGUUUUGCCCCUCAGGCAGUCAGUUUUGUUGAGAACUGUGUUCUGCGCCCUGACGCAGAAGCACCCAGAUGCGUGACCCCUCCACGCGUCUGCAGGUGACUUUACCUCCAGAUCCUGUAAGAGUUCAAGUCACGUUUUUCUUUGCAGCGAAACUCCAUUUUGAUGACAGAUGAAUUUGGAUAUUUAUUUCCUUUCCUUUCUUUGGGAAACGAGAGGUUACAACCAAGACGGCUGAAGGAGAAUCAAACACACACAUCCACGGAAACAGAGAGGCGCAGGUGGCCCUCCUGUCUGCAGCGGCCUCUCUGGACAGGCGAGGGCAACUGACACAAUUGAGGACGAACACGACAUCCACAGUACCAAGGCUGUCACUAGUUUUUCUCUGAAGUGCCUGAAGGUAGGAAUGGGCCGGCGGCUGGGACCCACUGGGCCCCGCCAUGGCCACGCCAGGCAACACGCCAGCAGCCCUGCACUCCACGCUGGCCAAGGCCUUCCACAUGGAACGGCGAGACUGCAAAAAUCGAUGUGCUUCCUUCCCUGAUGCAGUCUGCUCCUUGGAGCCACUGCCCCCCACCCACCUGUACCCCUGGGCUUCCCCCCACCCCCACAGAAUCUAAGACCUUUUAGCUGCGAACCAGGGGUGGGGGUGUCCCACACAAAAGCCUUCUGAGAACAUCAGGCCCCGCGGCCUAAAGGGCUCCCGGGGCAAACUCAAUUUCCCCCAAAACUUGAAGUCGGGGAAGCUGCGGCUACACAUUCCACAAAGUGCUGGCACUUACACCCACAACCUGGAAGGCUGUUGACCGACUCCUAGAGGGUGGUGACCUCCCAUUUUCAAACGGUGUCAUGGUUUGGAAUGUUCAUUAUCGCCGAGGACCUGGUUAGAGGCAUAAAGACCGUUUUUCACCGUUACCGAGUUUGUUUUUUUCCUCCUACAAUUUUUUUUGGUGUGUUGUACAGCAGUAUAAUUUUUCACUUAUUUAUUCCAUCAGUAGAUAUGGUUUGUACAAUGUACAAUGGUUCCAUUUCAGAAAAUAAAUAAAAAAAAAUCGAAUCAUGAA